UGAAUUUGCUCAUUUGUGAGGUUUCUCUCCAAAAAGUAUUCACACAUGUGCAAAAUAUUUAGUAUUAUUACAACUCCUUGAUUGUCUGAGCAGUGUUGACAUUAGGAUGAGGUCUACUUGGCCAAAGCUUAGGGCUUCAGGCAUGUUGGUUGUAGCAAAGCAGGACUUAACUAGUUUUCCUUUGUAGCAUUGCUGUUCACUAGGCUUCUAGAGUUGGGUCUUAAUAACAUCAGUGAUACAACCACCCACCUCUCAGUCUGGAGAUUAUACAUCUUUGCUAUAAAUAUUUAAAGUAUAUAAGAUGCUUUAUAGUGCCCUGGUUUAAAUUUCUAAAUUUUCUCCAGGAUACGAUAACUCUGCUGUUUUUCUCCAAACAGAAUGGCCACUUCCUCCCUCCCUCCCUCCCUCCCUCCUUUCCUUCCAGCAGUGUCAACCUCACCUUUCUCAAAUUUUCCCCGUGUAUAUACAGACGAUAUUUUCAAAUGACCACUUUUGGUUUGUAUUAUAAGUUUGUGUUUUUUCUUUUAUUAAAGGAUACAGGAAGAUUAGAACAUCAGAAAAUAAAAAGAUAUUUGCACAUUGUUUCUCACUUAAAAUACUAGCUUAUUCCCAAGAUGGUAGCUAAUAAACACUAAAUGAUACAGUAGUUAAAUAUAUUUUUAUUCAUUUAUUAAAUAUUAUUCAGCCCUUUAUGAAUGGAGAUCCAGCAGUGAACAAGACAGGCACGAUCUGUUUCCUGAGAGGGAAACCUACAACUUUAUGGGGGAUAUAGAUGAACCAAAAAAAGGCAGUGUAGGAAGAUGAGGCUUAUGAUGUGGGAAAAAAAGGUGUUACGGUUAGCAUAUAGGAGAGGCAUCCAUGCAUAUCUGGAGGUAUUAGAGAAUAUUUUAUGGAGAAAGUGACAUUUACGGCAAGACCUGAAAUAUGAGCAGGAGUCAGCUAGCUGAAGAGCAGAGGAGAAGUGUUAAAGGCACAGGAAAUAGCAGGGGCCAAGUUUCAGAGGUAAGAGGUAUCUAUAGGCAACUGAAAGCAGUAAAGCACGGUAAGCUAUUGAAUAUGACAGGGUGGGGGGUGUAGGAGAAGCAGAAAAAGGAAAGCAGAUAGGCCAUGUUAGGGGUUUACAUUUCCUCCUAAGAGCUCUUGAGGGUUUUAAGCACAGGAGUGACGUGAAUUACAUUAAAAAAUACAAACUUGGACUGUAGAGCAGAAAAUGGGUUCUGGAGGGCAAGGGUCACAGUGGAAAGACCUGUUAGGAGGCUGUGCCCAUAAUCCAAGUGAGAGGUGAUGGUGACCUGGCUUGGUUGGUUGUAUUGAGGAUGGAGAGAAGUGGAUAGAUGCAAAAGACACUUAAUAGGGCAGUAGAAUGAAAAGAAUUUAAUGUGAUAGUGUGAGCCACGUGCCAAGGAUCAGUCCUGUGCUGCUGGCAUGAGCAACAGUGGUGAGAAACGUUGAAGAGGAGGAGCAGGGUUUGGGGUCGAGGAGUCAUACAGUUGAUUUUAGGCAUGUUAAAGGAAGGAAGCCUGCGAGCUAGCGAAAUGGAGGUGGUGGCCUGCAGGCACUUAGAUACCCAGCCUGAAACUCAGGGGACAGUUUGAAUUCAAGGUAAAGAAUGAGGAGUUUGAGAUAAAGAAGUGGGGCUGAGAGUCGUGAGGAACUCUUAGUAUUUAAUGUUUGCAUGGAGGAGGGGGACACCAGAGGAGCUGCCAUGGGCAUAGAAGGAAAUGAGGAGGCGGGGUGUGCAGCAGGCCAAGUAAAGAGCAUGUUUUUUGUAGGAGGGUGUUAUCAACUGUUUUAAAUUUUCCUGAGAGUCUGAGAAGCUGAGGACUCAGAAUUAGUCCUUGGAUUUGGCAAUGUGGCAAUCAUUUGUAAUCUUUUACUGCAGCAGCUUUGGUGUACUGGGUGACAAAAGGGUAUAUCGAGGAGAGAGUGGUCAUGGGGGCACAAGAAAGGGUCACAGGCUUGGGUACCAUGAAGGUCCUGUAACCGAAGCAAGAGUGGAAUGAUGUGGGAGAAAUCACGUUUGCGUGAAUAGAGGACUAAGAUGUAAGGAACGUGAGAAAGCUUGUAGGAAGAAGUACUACCUAGUGACGUGAAGAAACAAUUGACUUCAGUCUCCGAGGAGAUGAUAGAUCUGGCUAAGCAUCUUCCUGAUACUUUCGAAAAACUGGAAAAUCCACAGAGGGUUUCUGUACUAUUGAAGGAUAUUUCAGAAAAUCUGUAUUCAUUGAGGAAGAUGAUACUUGGUUCUACUGAGAAUGAACUGAGGCCCAGCAGUAAUUUUCACUUAUUACCGUUGGAAGAGCCCACUGCUGGUGAAGUACAACAGAAACAAAUUAGAGAACAUAAAAUUUUUACUGAAGUUACAGAUGAAGCAUGGGACACAACACCUGAUAAUUUAAUUAAACAUGAUGGAGAAAAUGUACUUGCAAACGAAGUAAAACAAGAAGAAGAUGGAUUUGAAGAUGAACUAGAAGAUAAUAAGUUGGAAGAGACUCCAGAAAGAGUUUGUAUCAUGUCAUUAGAUAUUACAGAAGAUGAACUCCAACGUUUGGAACAACAGGCUCAGGAAAAACAUCCUGGUGAUGUUACUUGCAAAUCUCCUGAGGAUAACGAAGAGGAUAUAUCUUAUGUAAUUGAGAGUGAUGAAGAUUUAGAAAUGGAGAUGCUUAAGUCUUUAGAAAACCUAAAUAGUAGCACAGUAGAUCCAAAUCAUUCAAAAUGCAUAGAAAUGGAAAGAAAUCUGGGUCUUCCUUCUGAAGAAGAUGAUGAAGAUGAGAAUGAAGCCAUUGAAGAGGAAGAAGUUGUUGAUGAAGACUGUUGGUUACCAGGACCUACUGCAAAGCAAAUUAAUUGCCUCAAGACCUACUUUGGCCAUUCUAGUUUUAAGCCGGUUCAGUGGAAAGUGAUUCAUUCUGUAUUGGAAGAAAGAAGAGAUAAUGUUGUUGUCAUGGCAACUGGGUAUGGAAAGAGUUUGUGCUUCCAGUAUCCACCUGUUUAUGUAGGCGGGAUUGGCCUUGUCAUCUCUCCCCUUAUUUCUUUGAUGGAAGACCAGGUGCUCCAGCUUGAAAUGUCCAACAUUCCAGCUUGCUUUCUUGGAUCAGCACAGUCAAAAAAUGUUCUAGAGGAUAUUAAAUUAGGCAAAUACCGGAUUGUGUACAUAACUCCAGAAUUCUGUUCAAGUAACUUGGGCCUACUCCAGCAACUGCAGGCUAAUAUUGGGAUCACACUUAUUGCUGUGGAUGAGGCUCACUGUAUUUCUGAGUGGGGACAUGAUUUUAGAAGUUCAUUCAGAACUUUGGGCUCCAUAAAGGAAGUACUCCCAUCGGUUCCAAUUGUUGCACUGACUGCUACUGCAAGUUCUUCAAUCCGAGAAGACAUUGUACGUUGCUUAAAACUGACGGAUCCUCACAUUACCUGUACUGGUUUUGAUCGACCAAACUUGUAUUUAGAAGUUGGACGAAAAACAGGAAACAUCCUUCAGGAUCUGAAGCAGUUUCUUGUCCAGAAGACAAGUUCUGCUUGGGAAUUUGAAGGUCCAGCUAUCAUCUACUGUCCUUCUAGAAGAAUGACAGAACGAGUUACAGCUGAACUUAAGAAACUGAAGUUAGCCUGUGGAACAUACCAUGCAGGACUGAGUAUUAACUUAAGGAGACAAGUUCAUCAUAGGUUCAUGAGAGAUGAAAUUCAGUGUGUAAUAGCUACCAUAGCUUUUGGAAUGGGCAUUAAUAAAGCUGACAUUCGCCAAGUCAUUCAUUACGGUGCUCCUAAGGAAAUGGAAUCAUAUUACCAGGAGAUCGGUAGAGCUGGCCGUGAUGGACUUCAAAGUUCUUGUCAUGUACUUUGGGCUCCAGGAGACUUUAACACAAAUAGGUGCCUCCUUAGUGAAAUAUGCAAUGAAAAGUUUCGAUUAUACAAAUUAAAGAUGAUGGCAAAGAUGUAUAGAUAUCUUAAUUCCAGAAUGUGUAGGCGACAACUCAUCUUGUCUCAUUUUGAAGACAAACAGCUAGGAAAGGCCUCCGUGGGAAUUAUGGGAACUGAAAAUUGCUGUGAUAAUUGCAGGUCCAGAUUGGAUCGCUGCUUUUCCAUUGAUGACUCAGAUGAUAUGUCACAGGACUUUGGUCCACAAGCAUUCCAGCUCUUAUCUGCCGUGACCAUCUUAGGCGAAAAGUUUGGAAUUGGGGUUCCAAUUCUAUUUCUCCGAGGAUCUAAUUCCCAGCGUCUUGAAGAUAAAUAUCGCAGUCACAAUUUCUUUGGCACUGGCAAGGAUCACACAGAGAAUUGGUGGAAGGUUUUUUCCCAUCAGCUCAUAACUGAGGGAUUCUUGGUAGAAGUUCCUGGGCAAAGCAAAUUUGUAAAGAUUUGCAUCCUUACAGAAAAGGGUAGAAAUUGGCUUGCUAAAGCCAAAACAGAAUCUCCUCAGAGCCUUAUCCUUCAAGCUAAUGAAGAAUUGUGUCCAAAGGAGUUUUUUCUACCAAGUUCUAAAGCUGUAUCUUCCGGCACUGAGCAACAUUCCUCUAAUCAAGUACCAAUUGAAUUAACUUCAGAGCAGCCCAGCUUGUAUAAGAUGUAUUCUUACAAAGCACGUGAUAAAAUUUCUUCUGGGAGUAACAUUCCUGAAAAAAGCAUCAUGGUGCCAUCACCAGGAAAAUAUUACAAGUCCUCAGAACCUGUUAUUUCAGCCAAAGAGCAGGAGACUCAGACUACAUUAUAUGGCAAAUUGGUGGAAGCUAGGCAGAAACAUGCCAAUAAACUGAAUGUUCCUCCAGCUAUUCUGGCAACAAAUAAGAUACUGGUGGAUAUGGCCCAAAUGAGACCUACUACAGUUGAAAAUGUGAAAAGGAUCGAUGGUGUUUCUGAAGGCAAAGCCAGAAUGUUGGCCCCUCUGUUGGAAGUCAUCAAACAUUUCUGUCAAAUAAAUAGUCUUCAGACAGACCUCUUUUCAAGUACAAAACCACAAGAAGAACAGAAGAAAAGUCUGGUGGUGAAAAAUAAAGCAAGCUCACUUUCACAGUCUGCAGCCAUCACAUACUCUUUAUUCCAAGAAAAGAAAAUGUGUUUGAAGAGUGUAGCUGAGAACAGGAUUCUGCCUCUCGCAGCAGUUGGCAUGCACUUGUCCCAAGCGGUGCAAGCUGGCUACCCACUCGAUAUGGAGCGAGCAGGUCUGACUCCAGAGAUUCAGAAGAUUAUUGCUGAUGUUAUCCGAAACCCUCCCAUCAACUCAGAUACAAAUAAAAUUAAACUAAUUAGAAUGUAUGUUCCUGAAAACAUUGACACCUACCUUAUCUACAUGGCAACUGAGAUCCUGGAAAAAGGCUGCGAAAACAGGAUGCUAUGCCAAUCUUCAUGUGAUUCCAGCAAAAAGAGAUGUUUCCCCAACUCUGAAGAGAGCUGUUCAAGUUCUAAGAGAAAGAAGGAAGAAGUGGGCACUAAUACCAAGGUUGAUGGAAAACAUUCUUGUGAUUUUUCACAGGAAGAUGAGAGUCACAGAAAUUCACUAAAACUAACUUCCUGGAAUCAGCCAUUCAGCGAUCCCAAAAUUGAAGAUUUCUUUGUAGAUUCUCAUUUACAGACUUCGUCUGAAACCUCAAAGAGAAAAUUACCUGAGUGGUUUGCCAAAAAUGAGACCUUACCUGAUGCCAGCAAGAAAUCAACAGCCAAAACUAAAAAGAAGGGUCUUUUUAGUUAAACUGGCAACUGCCAGAGGAAUUAUGUGUGUCUUGCUGUGUUAUAAGAGGGAAGCUGUAUUUCGUUUCUGAAAACAGUGGGGAGUAAUAUUUUUGUUUAAAAAUUAUUCUAAUCUCAAAGUAAAACUCAUCUAUUUAUUGAACAGCUGGUGUCUUAAAACAGCCUUUUGCAAUUCACAUAAAGUUGAGUCUUCUGAGAGCCUGAGUGAGUACCUCAUAGAACAGAAUCUUAGUUUCCUACGAGAUUGCUUUAAGAAAUCAUGUUACUGCCCUGUUUUCUAAUCUCUUUACUUACUUCAGCAGUAUGUUUGGAAUAUGUAAUGUGCGGUGAUUUAAUAUAGAUAACAGAUUAUCAGUUGUAAGUGAUUAUGUGUGUGAUAUGUAAUAUUCCUGUAUUACCAAAAUUCUGUCUUAUAAAUGAAGAACGCAUAGUUAUUUUACAAAUUGUUUUUCCUAUUGUUAGAAGAAACUCUUAUACACAUUUUAAAAUGAUAUUAGUGGACCAGACCAGUGAAAAUGAAACAUUUCGGGUUCUGUGUAGAGGAAAGAAUAAAACAAAGGAGACCAAUUACGCUAGACAACUAUGCACUUUGUAUGUUAUAUACUAUUUCUAUUAUUUUUCAAAUAAUAAUAAAAAGUCCUUAGUACUGAAUAUUAUAAAGAUAUGUAUUUUAAACUUUCA